GUGGUCGUACUUAACGAUUGGGAGGCCGUGAGGGAUGCCUUUCAAAAGGACGCCUUUUUAGGCAAACCCAUUGAACAUCCAUUUGCUGCGGUGACGGGAACUAAAAGUAUUAUUGACGAGAAUGGGAUUGUAUGGAGAGACCAACGUAGGUCUGCCCUACAGGUGCUCAGAGACUUAGGCUUCGGGAAGGGCUCGAUGGAGGAUAGGAUCACCGAUGAGAUCAGUUAUCUUACGAAACGUAUUGAUGAGACUAAGGGUGAACCCAUGGAUAUCCAUGAAGUCCUAGUGCCGAGUAUGUCAAACAUUGUCAGUCAUCUGGUGUUUGGCCACCGAAUGGACUUCAAUGAACCCAAGAGACAGAUAUUCGACAAAUUCUUAGACCAAACACAGAAUUUCUCAUUUAUUGGAGUCAUGGCGACGUCCCCCGUAUGGUUCAGUAAAUUGUUUUUUAUGCUAGGUGGUGCCAUUAAUCAAAAGGUGUUUGCUACUAUAAUGGGAAUUUAUGACUCUGAGAUAUCUAAACAUCAGAAGUCGUUUGAUAUGAACAACAAAAUCAAUGAUUAUAUCGACGGAUACUUAGCGGAGAUGGAAGUGAGACAACGAAAGGAUCCCAACACUCACUUCACCCUGAAGAGAUUGAAUGUAAAUUGUCAGCUAUUUUUCGGGGCCGGCAGCGGGACUGUGCGGACGACCACUGAAUGGUUGAUAUUAUUGUCCGCCAAAUACAGCGAACACCAGAAGAGGGUUCACUCAGAGAUCGAUUCUGUGGUCGGAAGAGAUCGGAGUCCCUGUUAUGCCGACAGACUUCAUAUGCCGUUCACUCAGGCGUUCAUUAACGAAGUGAUGAGAUAUAAGACUACAAUACCAUUGAAUCCUUGGAGAAGAACAUUAGAGGACACGACAGUUUUGGGUCAUUUCAUACCUAAAGACACUAUAGUUAUGGCCAAUAUAUGGGCCGUUCAUAACGAUCCCAAAGUAUGGCAUAAACCGCAAGAAUUUAGUCCCAAACGAUUCCUCACAAGUGAUGGCAAAGAAUUGCUUAAAAUCGAUGCUUUAAUACCAUUUUCAGUGGGUAAACGCAAUUGUGUUGGCGAGACGUUAGCUCGAGUGGAGGUAUUCCUGUAUUUCGUAUCACUUCUCCAAAAAUACACAAUAAGUGCAGCAAAUGAUGAGGUGUUGACUCUGGAGGAAGAUUUUGGAUUAGCAUUAGAACCCAAACACAAAGUUAUACUUAAGUUUAAAAAUAGGAUUUAAAUAAU